AUGACCGAGGCUGAAGAAGACCUUACGACAGCUGAAGAACACCUUACGAUGGCUGUAGCAGCCCUAGGAGGAACGUCCGAUGUCAAGACUACCCAUGAGCCAAGCCUUAGGAACCGCAUCCUGAGUGGUGAAAAGAGCAGGAAACCAGUUGAUAUUGAGGAAUUGCAAGAGCACAUCAAGAUUUUCAUUAUCAAGGUGCAGUGUCUUCCACGCUCUCUUUUAAUCAAGAACCUUGGGCGAGACAAUGACUGCAUAUGCAACCAAGGAAUCCCCACAAACGGCACCAGCUUUCAAAGGAUGACUAGGUUCCUUUGGGACAGUCACUUUGAAUUGUCCAAAAACGGGAGAAGCAGAUCUCUCUGGUCCAGUGGUGGACUGGAUCCUCCAUAG